AUGCACUCUGUUACGGUCAACGAGUGCACGGUGGCUGCACAGGAGCCCCCGACCAUCAGGGACCUGAUGUAUCAUAUUACCGAGACGCUGUUGGUGGAUAAGAAAGAUUUCGACGUGUUUGUGGAGGAUGGCACAAUCCGGCCGGGGAUUUUGGUGCUGAUCAACGACACAGACUGGGAGCUGGAGGGCGAGGACGAAUAUGUGCUUCAGGACGGUGACGUGGUCGCAUUCACCAGUACGUUGCACGGGGGGUGA